AUGGAAGUGGAUCAAUACCUCUACGAUCGGCUAAAAGAUCUACAAUUACAACUUGAAUUUUGUGAUAUUAAGGAAAAAUACAUAAAGGAGGAACACAAGAAUUUGAAGAGGGAACUCAUCAGAGCUAGGGAGGAGAUCAAAAGAAUUCAAAGUGUGCCCCUUGUUAUUGGUCAAUUCCUUGACAUGGUAGAUAAGAACUAUGGAAUUAUUUCCUCCACUGCUGGUUCUAAAUAUCAUGUCAGAAUAUUAUCAACAAUUAACAGGGAACUCUUGACACAGUCUGUGAGUGUAGCAUUACAUCGCCAUAGUCAUAGCGUUGUAGACGUGUUACCUCCAGAGGCUGAUUCUGCUAUUCAAGUAUUGCAAAUGACGGAUAAACCAAAUGUCAGCUAUUCUGACAUUGGUGGAUUGGAUAUUCAAAAGCAGGAGAUACGCGAGGCGGUAGAACUUCCAUUGAAAUGUCCCGAGUUGUAUAUGCAAAUUGGAAUCGAUCCUCCGAUGGGAGUAUUGUUAUAUGGCCCUCCGGGCACUGGUAAAACUAUGUUGGCAAAAGCUGUAGCCCAUCAUAGUGACGUCACAUUUAUUAGGGUUGUGGGUUCAGAAUUUGUGCAAAAGUAUCUGGGCGAGGGCCCCAGGAUGGUUAGGGAUGUUUUCCGUUUGGCCCGUGAAAAUGCCCCUUCUAUAAUAUUCAUUGAUGAAGUAGAUGCCAUUGCUACAAAACGAUUUGAUGCACAGACGGGAGCUGAUAGAGAGGUGCAGCGUAUUUUGUUGGAAUUACUAAACCAAAUGGAUGGAUUUGAUCAGACAACAACAGUAAAGGUCAUAAUGGCUACCAAUAGAGCGGAUACAUUAGAUCCAGCACUAUUGCGACCUGGUCGCCUUGACCGUAAAAUUGAGAUGCCCCUUCCAGAUAAACGCCAACGCCGUCUCAUUUUCCAGGCUAUAACAAGCAAAAUGAACCUUUCUGAACAAGUGGAUCUGGAGGCUUUUGUAUCUAGGCCUGAUAGAAUUUCAUCAGCUGACAUAGCUGCUAUUUGCCAACAAGCCGGUAUGCAGGCUGUUAAAAAGAAUAGAUAUGUAGUGAAUCAAAGGGAUUUUGAGAAAGCUUGGAAGAAACAAAUUAAGAGGAAAGAACAGGAAUUUGGAUUCUACGUCUAA